AUCUUCGUUGACCGGAAUCUUUCUCAGAUGCCACAAUCGAAUUCCACUAUGUGCUGACGAAGAACAAGGAAGAAGCCGUCUUGUCAUCAUCUGGAUCGAGUCUUGGUCAAUCUGGUGAUUAAUGGGUUUUGUUUUCAGAUAUUGUUCCGUCAAUGUUUUAUUUCUCGGUGUGAUUCUCAGCUUCCAUGGCUUCCUUAUUGUUCAAUCACAACAACAACAAGAGCAGCCCCUAAAUCAAUCACCACCUCCUCCGCCGUCUCCGGUUGAGAGUAUAUUUCCGCCGCCGCCCCCGUCAUUCGUCUUGAAUCAAUCUCCGCCAAUUCCUCCUCAACAGACUCCGCCUCCUCCGCAAUCCACCAUUAACGAUAAUACGCCUCCUCCUACUUCUCCACCGCCACCAUUACCAUCACCUCCGCCGCCUCCUCCUCCACCUACUCCUUCUCCACCACCACCGCCGCCGCCGAUUUCAAAACACCCUCAUCCUCCUCCGCGUGCGCAAGCGUCUCCUCCGCAUUCUAAUAGAAACCAACCACCAAGACGGUUACGUCCUCCAUCUCCUCCUCCUCCUACUCCUCCUCCUCCUCCUCCUUCUCGGGUCUUCAAACAGUCAGAGAAAAGUGGUCUAAACACAGGGAAAACAGUGGGUCUUGUAUUCGCUGGGUUUGCAGCAAUGUUGCAGAUUUGCGUUGUUGCCUUCUUGGUUUUCAAAAGAAAGCAGCUUCUAAGGAUGACACAUACUUAUUGAAUUUGGGAGAGAAAUUUUUAUUGAAUUUUCAUCAACCGGGAAACACACACUUUUGAGACGAGGAUAAAGAAAGAGAAUUGUCAAUUGCUGCAAUGAUGUGUCCUCAAAGUCUUCUUCAUCUGUAAAUGGGUAAAUUCUGGAUUUGACAAUUUCCUUCUUUUCUUCUUUUGUAUUCAUCUUUCAGUCUUGAAUUUUUUUGUUCUUUUUAAGGUCGUGUAGUUUUUCAUUUACAUGCCUAACGAUGCUAACUAGAGAGUGAACAGAGAGUUGGGAAAAGAAAAAAGAAUGGCUCAAGUCAUGUAAUAUUGUUUUUAGGGGUUCUGUGAGAUGAUGAAACCGAUAUCUAAUUUCAUUUUGUGAGUUGCUGGCAAAUGUGUUUCUGUUUUUGAAUAUUCGUGUUACAUUCUCUACCUCUCUUGAUGUACACAAAUCCUCUGUUUAUGCGUGUUUUGCGAUGAUAUUUCGGUUUGUUUGUAUGAUGUUGUUGUAGUGAGAGUCAAGGCAGAGUAAGGUAGGAAGAUCAAGUUUCAUUCUUCAUGUUAUGCUUUUCGUAGACAAUAGAUUCUUUGUCAGUUC